GCCGGGGGUGGUCCGCUCCCUCUGCACUCCCGUUCCUCCGUCAGUGGCCCCUUGCAGUGGUGAUGAGGGUUCAGCCUCCCAAUUGGUUUCCUUGCAUCUACCCUGUCCGAGACCACACCACUGUUGUUGGUUCUUGGCUCAAAACCAAUAUCAAAAUGCAUUUUAAAAUGUAUAUUUUGAGAGAGAAAGGUUUCGGGGAAAUGACCGCAUUUUCCCAUGUAUAAAACGAUGGGGUUUUUUGCUUUAAAAAUUAGUCAAAAUUUGGGAGCGGAUGGUGAAUGCACAGGGGUUCGGGUUCUGGCUCUUGAAAUACAGCAACCCUAACUAUUUUUAAAUGUUGAUUUCUUAAUUUGGGGUUCCAAAAAAAUAGGGGUCGCCUUAUACAUGGGAGGAGCGUCUUAUAUGUGGAAAAAUACGGUAUAUAGAAAGUUAAGUUUAAAGUACAGUAAUACCUCCGCAAGCAUCCGCCUUGUCUAGCGUCCAUUCUGGCGAAUGUCUAUGGCAAACCCAGAAGUACCGGAACGGGUUAUUUCCGAGUUUGCAGUUCAUGCAUGCGCAGAAGCGCUAAAUCGCGCUUCGCACAUGCGCAGAAGCACAAACCGCUCCACGCUUGUGCGCAGACGCGGUGCUUUGCCCUGCAUCCUUUUCGGCUAGCGGCCGGGGCUCCGGAACGGAACCCGGCCGUAAAUUGAGGUACGACUGUACAUAUUUAAGUGUGGUUUUUGUGAGAGGGAGAUCAUACACACACUCUCUCUCUCUCUGAUUAAUGUGGCUAUGGGAUGAGACAGACUUACAACUAAACACAUAAUGCGAGUGAUUUGGAUGAAAAAUAGGCUGAUUCAUCCAUUCCUGGUUGUCACACCCUAUACUAGCUGACAUCUCCAGCUGUCAUGCAGCUAGAUCAGUUCCUGUUGGUUAGAACAGUUCCUCUUGGAAGGCUGUAUGAAGCAUACAAACUGAUGCCGUCUUGGAGCUAGCCAGAUAUGUCUAGGCAAAUGUCCAAGCUCCUGCCAAUUGUGCUACUGGAAAUCCAUCUUCAUAUGAUUGCAGCUUUAUUCACAGUCAAAGUUCUUCAGCCACGUUACACUGCGGAGUAUGGGAGUGAUGUGAUUAUGGGAUGUCACUUUCCAGUCCAUUCCCCAUUAAAUUUGAUGGGACUAAGUGUCUCGUGGCAAAGAAAGCUGUCACUGGGGGACAAAGAAGUCUACAAGCUCAACAAUGGCCAAGAAGACCUCACCCAUCAGGAUUCCGAUUAUCACGGGAGAGCGUCAUUGUCGCGUGAGGAGUUAGACAAAGGACUUUCCUUGUUGUCUAUCGCCAACGUAAAGCCCACAGAUGCGGGAGUUUACAUCUGUGUUGUUAAAUACGAGGGAGCAGACUACAAGUACAUUACUUUGGAAGUUGAAGCACCCUACAAAAGAAUCAAUCUACAGGAAAGAAGAGAGGAAGAAGACUUGAUCUUAACUUGCCAUUCAGAAGGGUACCCCCUGGCUGAAGUUUCUUGGCACUAUGAUGAGAGGAAUCUGAACGCCAGCAUACAUGCAAACACUACACAUGAAAUGACAAGUGAUGGACUUUUCAACAUAACCAGCACCCUGAGAGUCAGACCAAGCACCCCUGGAAACUACAGCUGUGCAUUCUGGAACCAGGAACUGAAUCAGGAGACAUCAGCCCACAAAUCAGUGGUUUUGCCAGGUAAAAACUUAGAUAAAAUAUCUCCAGAACAUAAUGGGGGGAAAUCUCCCAUCUCAUUCAUCCUACCAAUUUGUCUGCUGGCAUUAUUUUUACUCAUAGCAAUUGCCAUUAAAGUCCAAAGGAGCAAGUCAAGCACAAAGCUGCGUACUCAAAAAGGAAAAAGAAGAAAAUUCUGACAGUUUUUAAAGAGUAUGUAAUUCUGAUACUGUAUAAUUCUUUGGCUCAUUUAAAAAAAAACACCACACCUGCAGCUUUAGGCAAAUCUCCAGUGAGCUUUACGGCUAAGCGGAGAUUUGAACCUCACUCAAACCAGUCAUAAUCCAGUAGGCUUCCACUGCAUCACACUGAAUCUUACUGGAAGGAAAAGGUCUGUGUUGGUUUGUGUGUUGUGCACCUCUAUAUGCUUAUUUGUAAAUAACUGUGAAGCUCCAAGUUUGGGUUUCAAAUUGGAUUUGGGUCCAUGAAUCAGGCGGUGCCCAUAUGUAUCCUACCUACAUGGAUCAUGAAUGUGCAUAAGGUAAAAUGAAACUCAAGCUGUGUACAUGUGGAUUUGUGUGAUAUUUCUCCCUUUGGGGGGCAGAAUGAUUACACAAAUCAUAUGCAACCCACACCUCAUGUUACAAGCUCUCCCCACACCUUCAUGUUGUAUAUCCCACCACCACCAAAAGAUGUUUGGUUGUGGGGGGUGGGGGUGGGAAUGUAAGAUAGGACCUUUUUUGUGUGGCAGAACCCAAGUUGUGUAAUUCACUCCCUCGGGAGUUGAGACUAGCUCCAUCCCUGAUGGUGUUGAGCCAGGCUAAUGUUCUUAUUCCACACGGCUUCUAAUGGCUGUUAAAAUAAGAUGGAAGGUUUUUAACUUUGCUCCUUUUCCAUUCGAGUUUUAAUUUUUAUUUCACCACUUGGUGGUGGUGGUGGUUGUUGUUGUUGUUGUUUUAAAAAAUGUGAACCACAUAUUUUAUUUAUACAACUGCGAGGCAAAGGCAAUGUGAAAAGUUGUAUAAAUAAGAGAAGGGGUCUCUUCUGGUAAGUGUGUGAAUUGGCCCUGGUUAUUCCGAUGAACUGAAGCGCUUGUCUGAGAAAUGCCUUCUCACAAUCUCAGUUGCCCACCCAGAGGUGAAUUUGCCUCCUAAAUUGGCCGUAGCUAAAUCAUACCGCCGAAUGUUCGCAUCGCCAUCUGGCCCAUCCUAAUGCUGUUUAGCUGCUUCUCUGUUUAUAAAAGUAUUUGCAUACUGGCCAGCUCAUAUUAUUAUUAUUAUUAUUAUUAUUAUUAUUAUUAUUAUUAUUAUUAUUACCCUGCCCACCUGACUGGGUUUCCCCAGCCACUCUGGGCGACUUCCAGCAGAAUAUUAAAAUACAAUGAUAAAUCAGAUAUUAAAAGCUUCCCUAAACAGGGCUGCCUUCAGAUGUCUUCUAAAUGUUGUCUAUUUCUUUGGCAUCUGAUGGGAGUGCGUUCCACAGGGUGGCCGCCACUACUAAGAAGGCCCUCUGCCUGGUUCCCUGUAACCUCGCUUCUCACAGUGAGGGAACCACCAGAAGGCCCUUGGCUGGACUUCAGUGUAUAGCAAAGUGUUGCAUAAUAUAUCUAUGGUGAUGUUAUUGCUUCUGAAAUCCAUGGCAUUGUUUCCAUCCAAACUAUCAAUCUGUUGAGUCCACCCACCGUCUCAAGGGAGAAAGGAAAGGCACGCUAGAUUUACUUUAAGGACUGAAAGUGUGUUCAAAUCUGUGAUUAAGCCUGUGAAAAGCAAUCAUAAUUCUCACCUCUCUUUACUAUGUAAGCCGCUCUGAGAACAAUUCGCAACCACCACCCACCCCGGUAUUUCCUGUUUCAAACCCAAAAACUACGGAUGUGACUCCGGAAAUUACUCAUGGUCCAUCAAUCUGAGAAACUGGGGGUUCUCCCCGUGUCAGUUUCUGAAUUAUGAAGUGUCGUAUGUACCAUGCACAAAGACAGGAACCUUGAACUUGUGGGACUCUGGAACAUCCAGUUAAAGUAAAGGAGACAAAGGCUUUAAUCCUUUCCCUUUACCACUUUCUAAAGUUCUUUGUCUUUCUGCUGUUCCAAGGAGAUCUAGAUCUUCAAACCAAGGAUCUUACUGGGCUGACUGUUACAGACUGAAGAGCCAAAAUGAAGCUGGGAAACUGUUCUUCUGAGCUGCCUGCAAUUUUGCACUUUCCACUUAAUUCCGCUUUUAGAAAUGUAUGAGGAAGCGCUGGUGCUUCAGAGGUUAAUAGGACUGACACUUCUGGUUUUUGUCAGCGCUGCAGCAUGUUCAUUUGCUGGUAUUCUUUGUGCACUUCAGCACUGUCUUUUUAAACUACAGAAAAUUGGGUUGCUGGUCAGCACUUCAAGGGGUUAUUUGAGUACAUACAUUCUGUGACUGCGUGUACCAUUUCUCUGAAUCUCUCCUUCCCUAGUUUCCUCGAAAUGGACAUGUACAUGCAUAGACAUGCACAUCAAUUUAUGCAUUAAACAUCCGUUGUUAUUUUAGCUGAGUUAACUUCUUUUCCUCGAAGGGAAUAGCAAAACAGCUGCACGUGGGCACUUAAGGUUCAAUCGUGUAUCACCUUAUCAAACCAAGAUUGUGACCAUCCAAAUGUAGCCAAUGCAACAUGCAGCUGAAAAACUUGAUGAGCAGGGUCACAUGCAUUAUUAUUAUUUUUUGCUGGACUGAACAGAUGGGAGACUAACAGCGCAAUCUUGUACAUGUUUACUCAGAAGCAAGAUCCACUGGGUUGUACUCAACGUAGCACUAGGUUCUGAUAGUACAAGGAUUUCUGCUUAUGCAGAACUCCCCCACCCCGCUUCCAUUGGACCUCCUGUGACGGGAAAGUUUGUUUUGCUGGGCAGGUUGGGUCCCCAAGUGUCUUCUUUUUCUUUUUCCCUGCCAGCAAACGGUUAACACAUGGCAGCCUCUGAUUGGCCAGGAGAGGGGGUUGAAAAGGAAAGGAUUUGGAGAGACAGUUUUUUAGGUUAGGAUAGAGCAGGCAUCGGCAAAGUUAUCCGGCCAUGGGCCGGAUCGUUCCCACGGACAUUGUCCGUGGGCCGGAUGGGCGCAGCGCGAUGCCGUAAAUGGCGUCUGCGCAUGUCCGCAGCGCCAAAAAUCGCUUCUGUGGCUGCGCAGACGCCAGAAAUUGCACCUGCGCAGAAGCGAUUUCCGGCGUCUGGGCAUGCGCAGACGCAGUUUUCGGCAUUGCGCAGGCGCCAUUUCCAGCGCCGCUCAGCGAGUCCUCGCGCCACGCUGCGCUGGUUUAGCACAGCGCGCAGGGGACUCGCCGAGCGGGCGGCUCAGUUCACGGGUGGCCCGUGGGCCGGAUAAAUGGCCUUCAUGGGCAGCAUCCAGCCCAUGGGCCAGAGGUUACCAACCUCUGGGAUAGAGGUUGGGAGAAUAGGUUGGGAGAUAGGUAGGGAGUGAGAGGAGAGUUGGUUCUGGGGACUGGGUAGGAACAUCCACUCUGAGGAAUAUAUCAAAGCUAGAAAAAAGGAGUCACUGAGCUUAGUGUGAAGGAUAGUGUGUGGUGUCCUGUAAGAGUAAUAGGCCAGGAAUUAACUGGGAGGCUGAGGCUGAGCCAGGAGAAGUCGAAGCUGUGAGGAUACAGUCUACUUAGGUCUCAUUCCAGCCAGGCGGGGAGAGAUUCUUCUACAAAAAGAGAAGACUCCCCAAACCAGUUAAGAUGGGUGUAGUGAUCCCUUGGGUCUGUUACUUGGAGUACCUCAGGAGUAGGGUUGUCUAAGGGGUGUAUAACUUGACAGGAGGUACCACCUUGUUUAAGAACCAAAGAUUUAAGCAGCUGCAACAACUGAGAAAGAACUGGAGUGAAAUCACAUUACAAUUUGAAGUAUCUCAUGUUUUAACCACUUUGUGUCAUAAACUUUCUUUAUUUAAU